CGCACUCAGCUGACCUGGGGGUGGAGCCUGGCUCGGACGGGGCCCACGGCCCUCGAGAGCGAGAGCCGGCCAGCCCCCUUCCCGCGCUUCUCCGACCGCGAGAGGAACCAACCCUGUGCGUACGCUGGCUCCCGAGAUGCGUCUGCACCUGCUCCUGCUGCUUGCUCUGUGCCCAAGAGGCUCCCCCGCCGAGACGCACAGCUACAGCCUGCGGGGAAGCUGGAGGAUCCACAGCGGGAACCACUCGGUGCAGCUGCUCGGGACGGUCCCUGGCUGCGUGCAUAGCGCCCUGUUCCAGCAGGGCCUGAUUCAGGAUCCUUACUAUAGAUUUAAUGACCUCGAGUACAGGUGGAUUUCUUUGGAUAACUGGACCUACAGCAAGGAAUUUAAAAUUCCCUUUGAGAUAAGCAAAUGGCAAAAAAUAAAUCUGGUUUUUGAUGGAGUUGAUACAGUUGCAAAAAUUCUUUUCAAUAAUGUCACUAUUGGGAAAACAGAAAACAUGUUCAAUGAGUAUAGGUUUGAUAUUACUCACGUGGUCAGAGACGUGAACUCUCUUGAAGUGCGUUUCCAGUCUGCGGUGUUGUAUGCAGCCCAGCGGAGCAACGCGUACCGGAACUACAAGGUGCCACCUAACUGUCCCCCGGCCGUGCAGAAAGGCGAAUGUCACGUCAACUUUAUCCGAAAGGAGCAGUGUUCUUUCAGCUGGGACUGGGGGCCUGCCUUUCCCACCCAGGGCAUCUGGAGGGAUGUUAGAGUGGAAGCCUAUGAUGUUUGUCAUCUGCGCUACGUUACAUUUUCCCCAGUAUACGACAACAGUGCCCGGCAGUGGAAUCUUGAGAUACAGUCUUCUUUUGAUGUUGUCAGCUCAAAGCCAGUCAGUGGUCAAGUGAUCGUAACCAUCCCUAAAUUGCAAGCCCAGCAGAUUCACAAUAUUAGCCUUCAGCCUGGGGAAAGGAUGGUUGAGUUGCUUGUGAAGAUUAGCAAGCAUGUUGCUGUAGGAACUUGGUGGCCCCACGGACACGGAAACCAGACCAGGUACAACAUGACAAUUCGUUUUGAGCUAGAUGGAGGCUUAACUAUAGAAAAGUCAGUUAAGGUUUACUUUAGGACGGUGGAACUUGUAGAAGAACCCAUAAAAGGAUCUCCUGGCUUGAGUUUCUACUUCAAAAUUAAUGGAGUUCCUAUAUUUCUGAAAGGCUCAAACUGGAUUCCAGCAGAUUCAUUCCAGGAUCGAGUAACUUCUGAUAUGUUACGACUCCUUUUGCAGUCUGUUGUGGAUGCAAACAUGAAUACUCUUCGUGUUUGGGGAGGAGGGGUUUAUGAGCAGGAUGAAUUCUAUGAACUCUGUGAUGAACUGGGAAUAAUGAUAUGGCAGGAUUUCAUGUUUGCCUGUGCCCUUUAUCCCACUAAUCAGGGCUUCCUGGACUUAGUGAGAGCAGAAGUUGCCUACCAGGUCAGGAGACUCAAAUCUCAUCCAUCCGUCAUCAUAUGGAGUGGCAAUAAUGAAAAUGAAGCAGCACUGAUGAUGAAUUGGUAUUCCAUAGAACCCAGUAAGCUGGAAACCUACAUGAAUGACUAUGUGACUCUUUAUGUGAAAAACAUGAGAGAAAUUGUCUUCUCAGGAGACAAGAGUCGUCCAUAUAUUGUUUCCAGUCCUUCAAAUGGGGCCAGAACCGUUGCAGAAGGAUGGCUCUCUGAGAACCCCUAUAGCCAGCAAUUUGGUGAUGUGCAUUUUUAUGACUAUAUCAGUGAUUGCUGGAACUGGCAGGUUUUCCCAAAAGCUCGAUUUGUGUCUGAGUAUGGAUACCAGUCCUGGCCUUCCUUCAGCACCUUACAAAAGGUCUCGUCUAAAGAGGACUGGUCUUAUCUUAGUAAAUUUGCACGUCAUCGACAACACCACUCAGGUGGCAACUCUGAAAUGCUUCUGCAAGCUGAACUUCAUUUCAGACUCCCCAACAGCACCGAUCCAGUACGCACAUUCAAAGAUACCAUCUACCUUACUCAGGUGAUGCAGGCCCAGUGUGUCAAAACAGAAACUGAAUUCUACCUCCGCAGCCGCAGCGAGAUAGUGAAUGGGGAAGGACACACCAUGGGAGCACUUUAUUGGCAGUUGAAUGACAUCUGGCAGGCUCCAUCCUGGGCUUCUCUAGAGUACGGGGGCAAGUGGAAGAUGCUUCACUACUUUGCUCGGCGUUUCUUCGCUCCGCUGCUGCCCGUGGGCUUUGAGAGACAGGAUGUGCUCCACAUCUACGCCGUGUCGGACCUCCAGUGGGACGCCAAUGUCACACUCACUGUGAGAGUCCACGCGUGGAGUUCCCUGAAGCCCGUGUGCUCCUUCGUCACUAACCAUUUUGUGGUUAAAGCCGGCAUGGCCACGCCUGUUUAUCAGGAACCCGUGUCGACAUUGAUGAAACGAUGUGGGAAUUGUAAGCGGGAAAGCUGCGUAGUUUCCUUUUUCUUUUCAACGGAUUCUAAACUCUUCAGCCCAACCAACCAUCAUUUCCUGUCCUCCCUGAAGAAGGCUACGGGGCUCCUCAAGGCACAGAUCACUGCCAGGAUCUCUCAGAAAGGUGACACAUUUGUUUUUGAUCUGAAAACCUCCGCUGUUGCUCCCUUUGUGUGGUUGGAUGUCGGAAGCAUUGCAGGGAGAUUUAGCGACAAUGGUUUCCUCAUGACCGAGGAGACGAAAACCGUGCUAUUUCACCCUUGGAAACCCACCAGCAAGAGUGAAUUGGAGCAAUCUUUUCACGUGACCUCCUUAACAGAUAUCUACUGAGCAAGUCCAGGUUAUAUUUUCGGUGGAUGCUGGGAAUGGAGUCUUCUUAAAGCCAACCGGAAGGCAGCCAAAGACAAGGAGAAGCUGAGGUGCCUCUGCCUGCUGCCACCCAGCCAACUACUCACUGUGUCAAAUGUCUGUGCCAUGGCAGUUCUCAGGGAAGGCUGUUUACCCAGGUGAUGUCCUCAGAUGGGGCUGUGCCAGGGCAUUCUAGAAUCUCCGCCAGGACUAUGUACUUAGCCUUUCACCUCACAACUUUCGCAUCACAUGAGCCAGUUACAAUCAGAUUACGAAAAUGUGACCAUGGUAGUGUCUGUGGAAUUUAGUGCAGAAGGUUUUGGGGUCAGGUAGGCCUUUCCUAAUUAACCGAGAUUUGCUGAAUGAUCAUAAUGAUGUACCUUGUUAUUUCCAAAGGAAUGGGACUUGAAUGUCCACGGACAUGUCUUCCUGGGACCCUAUUGAUUGAUGUUCCCAUCUGGUAACUUUCUUUGAUGGGAUUCUUUUUUAAAAUUUGUGAAUUUCAUUAUAAAACAUGUUUUCAAAAAAAAUAACUUUUAAAGAGGCCAUUAGAUGAUUCUCCUUUGAAAAGUAAGCUCACAUUGAAAUGGAUUUUACUGGAGUGCAGGAGUGAAUGGAGAAUUUCCCUGUGCUCAUGAAGGUUUGCUAGACAGAAUGAAGGUGGGGAGGGUUCUCCAGGCAAUGUUAGAGGUGUAGUAGAUGGUUUUGAGUCUAAAUGGAUGAUCCCAGAAUGCAGACAAUGGUCUUGAGCUCGGGGUGAGGUGGAGACAAGUUACAGAAGUGAUGGUGAGCCCUCAAUGGGAGCCAACAGCAGCUUGUUCAGCUGCCCUCGCAGAAGAGAGGCAACGUCUGGUCGGGCCUGGUGGCAUUUAGCUGUUUCUCUUCUCAGCUGGCUGAUCUUUCUCUGUUACUUGAUGAGAUUCCUAGGGAAAUUUUCUUUGGAAGGUGUUUCUUCAGUCCUGUAGGGAACUGCAGAGAAAGUGUGUUCCUGGGGGCAGAACAGGAGUAGGUGAGGCCUGAUUUGUAAGGCAGCUUCUGGGGCCUUCCAGGUCACGUGACUCCAGCGCUCAGCGUUUCAAAGCAUCACACGUUGGAGUCUUCCAUCAUGAGGCCCCGCAGUGGUUAUUCUGGGAGUUUUUAGAUGUUUUGGCAGUAGUCAUCACUCCUGAUUGGGGUGUUGGGUUUCAGGUUCAGUUAAAUUGCCUGAAGUUUCCAGUACAAGGCUGGAAAUUAGAUGUAGAUUUCACUGACCUAGCUGCAAUGUUUGCUUAGAAAAACUUUACACCCUUCUAUUGCUGCUAUUGAUUGUAAGUUGCUAUAAAAUUCUUAUAUAAUUAUAAAAUUAAUGUGACAAAACAAUGAAUAGGACAACAUGUUUAGUUAAUUUGGGUAAAGGUGUGUAUGUAAUCUUUUAUACUGCUUUUGAAAUUUUUCUGUAAAUUUGAAAUUAUGGCACAAUAAAAUUAUAUCAAUUGCAUUGACAUUUGAUCUGUGGCUUGUUUAACCCUGCAAACACUCGGUUCUGUCCAUACUGCUGGACACUCGUUUCCAUUUAGCUCUAAUGAUUCUUGGAUUUGAUAAGCAAGGAGAAUUUGAAGAAUCUAACUCAUCUGAAAAGUUUUUCUCUGAAAAAGAUCCGCAUAAUUAGAAAUGGAUCCACAGUGAGUACUGGGCUUUCAAAUUGCGACUCAUUAGAUAAUGAUUUUGAUUUUAAAACUGAGAGGCCUUGGUAAGCAACACAGU